AUGUUCAGCAGCAUUGUACAGGAUGAAUAUCAAAGAGCAGGAAUAUUCAGCAGUGAUAACGAAGAAAAAGGUCCUGGAACCAUCACGCAGUAAGGAGAAAUCAUUUAAACCAUUAGAUGAUUUCACAGUACCACGUGAUUGUGACAAGAUUUGUUUGAAUAUAGCUCAGAAAAAAAAAAUCCAGAAUCUGUCACAAGAUGAACCAAAACAUUACAAGCCAGACGGUGUAAUACUAUUGGGCACCUUGUGACAGAACACCUUGGUUGAAUACUUAAUGAUAGCGGAGCAUCCUUGAGGUAGACGGGGGAGAAGGUAUUUGUCACGAGGUGCUCUAGUGUCAUACAAGCCAGAAAGGUGUAUGACCACAAUUCACCUUGUGACAAAAACCUUGUCAAAUCUGUAAAAGCAAAAAAGCCGCCGUCCAGUUUGAAACGAUCUUAGUAGCAAUGACACAAGCUAACCAAAGUCGUUUAAAACCAGGCAGCAGGUUUUGAGUAGUAAAAAUGGCGGGGCGAGGGGGGCGGGGGGAACGCUUCCAAAGCGUACAUGAGCUGAAUGGUCAGAAAUGUGAGAAAAAAGCAGCGGAGCCGCUUUUCAACCGGAAACAGUGCCUCAGAAGCAUCUUCAGCUCUGGAAACACAGUUUCUGGUUGAAAGCAAUUCCGAAACGUGAAGUCAGAAUCACAAGCAGAAGUCAUCGUAAAGCUGUGCUCCAGAAGUCUUCGCCAAUUCGUCGCUGCUUUUGAAGAUCGUCGCUGUUCCAGAAGUCGUCUCCAAUUCGUCGCUGCUCCAGAAGAUCAGGUGACGUCAUCAUCAGCGCUCCAGAUGCCUUGUUGACGUGUACACUGAAAAUAACCAAGGAAGCAUCUCAAGUUUUUUUUUCCUGUUGAGACUCACUUCAAAUUUCUGCCGUGGACGUCGUAGAUGAUACUGUCGGUGCUUUAAUAAAACAGCUCGUCGAACUCGCUGCUCCAGAAGUCAUCGCCAAGCCGUUGUCGAUGCUCCAUAAGUCGUCGCCAAGUCGUCGCUGCUGCUCAAGAAGCCAUCGCCAAAUCGUUCGCUGCUCCAGAAGUCGUGGUCAAGUUGCCGCUGCUCCAGAAGUCGUCGCUGCUCCAGAAGUCAUCUCCAAGUCGUCGAUGCUACAAACGUCAUCGCCAACUCGUUUUCGCUGCUCAAGAAGUCGUCGCCGCUCCAGAAGUCAUCUCCAAGUCAUCGCCGCUCCAGAAGUCAUCUUCAAGUCGUUGUCCCUGCUCAAGAAGUCGUCGCUGCUCCAGAAGUCAUCUCCAAGGCGUCGCUGCUCCAGUAGUCCACGCUGCUCGGAAGAACCCUCGAAGACGAUAA